GUUCUUUUCCGGGUCGAAAAAUUAGCACACCCAUGAAUGUGAGCUAGCGGGCCCGACGUUUAAGUAAAAAAAUAUAAAAGCUAUUAUUAUCGGACAUCUAAACUCUUUGACUACAGAAACAUAUAGUGCAUCGGUUUGUGACCAUAUGACACAGCAAUGCCGGGGCUCAGCUGUCGAUUUUACCAGCAUCGGUUCCCAGAGGUGGAGGAUGUCGUGAUGGUGAACGUGAGGUCCAUCGCUGAGAUGGGCGCCUACGUCAGCCUGUUGGAGUACAACAACAUCGAAGGCAUGAUCCUCCUGAGCGAGCUGUCACGUCGACGUAUCCGCUCCAUCAACAAGCUCAUCCGCAUCGGCCGCAACGAGUGUGUGGUCGUCAUCCGAGUAGACAAAGAGAAGGGAUACAUUGAUUUAUCAAAAAGAAGAGUUUCACCAGAGGAGGCCAUCAAGUGUGAAGAUAAAUUCACAAAAUCUAAAACUGUGUACAGCAUCCUGCGACAUGUGGCAGAGGUGUUGGAGUACAGUAAAGACGAGCAGCUAGAGAGUUUGUACCAGCGCACCGCCUGGGUCUUUGAUGAGAAAUACAAGAGGCCUGGAUAUGGAGCCUAUGACGUGUUCAAGCAAGCUGUAUCAGAUCCGGCCAUCUUAGAUGGUCUGGACUUAACAGAGGAAGAGAGGAGUGUGCUGAUCGAUAACAUCAACAGACGACUCACUCCACAGGCUGUCAAAAUCAGAGCAGACAUCGAGGUGGCCUGCUACGGGUACGAGGGCAUCGACGCGGUGAAGGAAGCUCUGAGGGCUGGACUCGGCUGUUCCACAGAGGCCAUGCCCAUCAAGAUCAACCUGAUUGCUCCCCCUCGCUACGUGAUGACGACGACCACUCUGGAGCGCACAGAGGGCCUGUCCGUUCUCAACCAAGCUAUGGCUGCGAUCAAGGAGAAGAUUGAGGAGAAGAGAGGAGUCUUUAACAUCCAGAUGGAGCCCAAGGUGGUGACAGACACGGAUGAGACGGAGCUCGCCCGGCAACUGGAGAGACUAGAGCGGGAGAACGCUGAGGUGGACGGAGACGACGACGCUGAGGAGAUGGAGGCCAAAACGGAAGACUAGAGUCAGCCCUUAGGAGUUCUGGUGGGAAAAACAUCUAAGGAGACAUUUUGGACAGACCUGGCCACAUCCACUCAUUCCAACUGAUGUUAAUUUCCAUUUUGCGAACAUUAACUGCAGCUCACUCAUUGGGAGACUGCCCAGUUUGUUUUGUAGCAGAGUUCGACUCAGAGCACAUGCACACAAGGAAGGUUGAAUUUCCAAUUACACAGUACAUUUUAAAUUAGUGAUAACUCUAAAACAACAGCUGUUUACAUGCAGUGGCCUUCACUUACCUGUUGCUUAUGAGCCCAGUGUCUUCAGUGUGUGGCAUUCAUCUGGUCUGAGUAAAGGCUAAAUGCAUGGGCUCAUCUGUCUCUACACCAGUCAAGUAUUGACGGUGGUGUUUCUCUUCCAGUUGAAGGAUUCUUACUGGCAAGACCUGCUCCUGUUUAGCCAACGUUGCAUCAAUAAAGUUCUGGAAGUUUUGA